AUCUGCUUUUCAUUCGUGCUAGUCACAGUCGCAGUGCAAAAAGUUACUCAUCGUUCGAUUUUUUUUAUACAUUUUGUAGAAAGUUUACAAUAGCUGCCUUUCGUUUUUAAGCCAACAAUUUAGUGUCUUUCCGGUAGCUAGAACCAUGGAUGAUGAUCUUCCCACUGAGUUCGACAUCAUAGUGCUGGGAACAGGUCUCACGGAAUCGAUAGUGGCCGCGGCAGCCAGUCGGAUCGGUAAAACCGUAUUGCAUCUGGAUAGUAACGACUACUAUGGUGGCUUUUGGGCGUCCUACAAUUUGGAAAGUCUGCAUCGGUACGCGGAAGAAUGUAGGGAGCCGAAGCCACAGGAAGCCCUUGAAGUGCGGCCAAAUUUUGUCCCACUAAAGAGGGGAACACUGGUGGAGAAUGUCAGCGAGGGCUGGUUCAACUUCGAGGAACGGGGAAACGUAGAUGGUUGGAACCGGGAGAUGAUCAUUAAGGAGUUCCGACGUUUCAACGUAGACUUAGCACCGAAGUUGCUUUAUUCAAGGGGAGACAUGGUGGAGCUUUUGAUAUCUUCUAACAUCUGUCGGUAUGCAGAAUUUCGGGCUGUGGAUCGAGUGGCUACGAUUUGGAACGAACGGAUUCUAACGGUUCCUUGUUCGAGAUCGGAUGUUUUCACCAGUCGGGAUGUAAACGUGGUCGAGAAACGUUUGCUUAUGAAAUUCCUUCAGUCAUGCGCUAGUUGGGAUGAGAAGGGUAGCGAAGGUGAUAGUGACCACAAACCGGAAGAUCUGGAGGGCAAAACAUUCCUUGAGUAUUUGAAGACUCACAAACUAACGCCCAAUCUUAUCCACUAUCUGCUUUAUACCAUUGCGAUGGGGAAUGAUCGCACCAGCUGCAGAGAAGGAUUGGAAGGGGUCAAAAAAUUCCUCUUGAGCCUUGGCAGAUAUGGAAACAGUCCUUUCCUGUUCCCCAUGUAUGGCUGUGGCGAAGUUCCUCAGUGUUUCUGUCGCCUUUGUGCCGUUUUCGGUGGAAUUUACUGCUUAGGUAAACCUAUCGAAGGAAUCAACCUACAUUCGGGUGAAUCCAGCUUCCAGUCACUGAUGUGUGGCAACCAAACUAUCAGAGCUAAGGAACUAGUCAUAGGACAUGGAUAUGUUUCAGCAGAGGAUGUUUUCACGAAAACCGGUAGUGAAUCUGAGCCACAAGCUCAACGAAAAGCAUGUGGUCGAAUGGCUCGUGGCGUGUUUCUGACCAACGUUCCUCUUGGUGGGGCUUCCCAGAACAUGGGAGGCGGCGGUGUAGCUCUCAUGAAGCUUCCCCCGGUCGAAGGACACGAAGAUGGGGCCACGGUACUACAACUAGCUCAUUUCAGCGGAACCGUUCCUAAAAAUAUUUAUCUCAUCCACGUGACGGCCCGAGCCAUCGGAAACGAUCCCAAGGCGGAUCUGGAACCGUACGUGACUCAAAUUUUGUACCCGGAGGCACCAGCCUGUGCCAUUUCGAAACCUCCGGCUGAACAACAGCCGCCACAAUCGGUACCGGACACGGAAAACGUCGUGGUGGAAAGUACCGAAGAAAACAACACUUCCACCAUUCUGUACGAGCUGUACUUUAACAUUCCGACCUGCACGGGUUGUCAGGAGCGGGAAACGAAACCCGGAUCAGCAUUACCCAAAGGCAUUCAUCUGUCGUGUGGUCCGCUGCAUGAGUUGGACUACGACGAGAGCAUAUCGCGAGCUAAAGAAAUUUUCAAAAAAAUCUACCCUGAUGAUGAAUUUUUACCACGUGCCCCGGAUCCAGAAGAGAUCAUCAUAGGUGAUGAGACGGAGGAAGCAAAAGAGCAGAGCGAUGUCAUCACUGGUGAUCCCGUGGCAGAGGAUGGCAAAGUGGAAAGCGGAAGCGAAUGCCAGGAAGAUAACUCCGGCACACCAGGAACCAUUUCGGAUGCACAAGAAGCACAAGAAGAUCCGGCCACUGUGGAAAGUGCGGCAGAAUGUGUCGAACAACAGAAAUAAAACAACCAACACGGGGCGACGCUUUACGCUAUCAGCUUUUCCUUUAUCCUCUAAGCAUAUCGCGAUUACAGUGUGCUUCUAUUAAAUGUUGUAACAGUACUUCUCUUGAUAUUAUAUACUUAUGCAAUGAUUCUGUAUUCGCAAAACACCGAUUAAAAUGCGUGGCAAUAAAUAAACUAAUUUCAGCUUUGCAAAAUAAAACGAA